AUGGAGAUUCCGAUGUCUACACAAGAGCAGCAGCUCUGCCAAUUUCUAGCGGAGCUGCCUGCUCAAUGCAACUAUCGAUUUGAUAAGGAUGCUGCUCGAAAGCUCCUAACCAACCUCUUUUGGUCGCUAGCUGGUGGAAAUGAUGAGUACAUGCGGCUAUUCUUCCCCGAUGGGAGACUGCCUGAGAGCUUAAAGCUCAGUGACGCACAGGGUGCGGUCGAGGGCGCCGAGUAUACCGAAGCCGCCCGGGGCAAGCGAUGCGGGCAUAUCUUCAAGCCCGGCGAGGCAUCCUACAUGUGCCGUACUUGCGGUACCGACGAUACAUGCUGCCUUUGUAGCCGCUGCUAUGAUUCGACAGACCAUAUUGGCCACAUGGUACGGAUGCACAUUUCAGUCGGCAAUAGUGGGUGCUGCGACUGUGGUGACGAUGAGGCCUGGAAGACGCCUCUUUUCUGCACCAUACACUCGGAUCUCGAAGCUGGGCCACAUAAAGGCAAAGAGAAGGAGGCUGCUGGUUUGCCCGAAAAUCUGGUUGCAAACCUACAAAUGACCAUUGCAAGGGUUUUCGAUUAUAUCUGCGACGUAAUCUCUUGCUCACCAGAACAGCUACGGCAGUCCAAGACCGAAGAGUCGGUCUUGAAAGAUGAGGAAAUGUCCAGGCUUUCAUCAAAGUACUACGGCUCCACGGCCGAGCCCUGCAACGAGUUCUCGCUCAUCCUUUGGAACGAUGAGAAGCACACCGUGGAGGAGGUCCAGGAUCAGGUCGCGCGAGCGUGCCGAAAGCGACGUAGGGAAGCGCGGCAGGACGCUUGGGAGACUGACGCCGUCGGUCGCUGUAUCUUGGUCACUCUUCCUGAUGUGCCUAAGUUGCUACAGAUGGCCAAGAUAAUUGAGGCUAUUAGGACUACAGUCACUAUUCGAUCAGCCAGAGAUACGUUUCGCGAGCAGAUGUGUGGCACUCUUGUCGAAUGGCUGAGCGAUAUUGCUGGCUGUGCUGUUGGCCAUGAUAAUCAUAUACUUAGGAGCACCAUCUGUGAAGAACUCAUGCGACCAUGGCGCCAAGGAAGCUCGGCAACCCAUACCUCUGGUCUGAUUGAUGAUGAAGACCAGGACUUCCAGGACUUCGAGUCUCGGUUGAAUGGCAUCAACAUCCGUUUCUUCCUGGCACUGCGUGCUGCAGCGGACACUAGGCCUGUCGACUUCGAAUUCGAGGUUGAGGAUGACGAUGACGAUGAUGCAGAUGGAGAUGACGCUAUGGGAGAUGAGGAGCAAGGUUCUCAUAUGAGCUCCACCGGUGAGACCGACGAUGAGGAGGAUGCGAUGAUGGUGGAUGCUAGAGAAGAUGUUGGUGACCUGAACAUGAACUGGAGUCAGUCAGACCAGGCCCUCGAAGAAGAUGAGGCUACCAUGGCGGGCUAUCCGCCACCACCUCCUCCGCCUGCCGCGAAUGCCCGUGGUUCGGCCCGUGAGCGGGAUGCUACACCUUCUGACUCUGACACGGGCGCCGAGCCUCUAAUUGCACCCGCCAUCUACGCAAAAGCUAAUGCCGAUAUCCCCAAAACCCCAGGUCGCACCGAGAAGCUCACGCCCAAACCCGGGCGGUAUUGGCUGGAGACCCCCUCGCUUUACACACAGCGAAACUAUUCCCACCCUGCGGAAGAUGUCUUUCAACGUGUCCGUCUUGAUUGGCUCUUGCUAUUUGAUCUCCGCAUGUGGAAGAAGGUCCGGAUAGAUCUACGGGCUCUCUAUAUAUCCACCGUGGUGCAAGUUCCCGAAUUCAAACGGCUUCUCGCCUUACGAUUUGCGAGCCUGUACACGAUCCUAGCUCAGCUUUAUCUGGUGGGGGAUAGAGAGCCCGACCAUUCUAUUAUCAACCUGUCUCUUCAGAUGUUGACAACACCGUCCAUUACUGCCGAGAUUGUCGAGCGAGGGAACUUCAUGAGUAGCCUGCUGGCUAUUAUUUAUACAUUCUUAACCACAAGGCAAGUGGGGCACCCUUGGGAUGUUUCUCCUGACGCCGUGUUGGCCUUUGAGAGCGGUUCAGUCACGAACCGACGGAUGUAUCACUUCUAUCAAGAUCUCAAGUUUCUCUUUGGCUCUCCCCAUGUUCAGGAGCGCAUUCGAUAUGAACCGCGGUACCUCAUGCAGUUCUUGGACUUGGUGAAACUCCAUCAAGGCAUUGGGCCAAACAUUCGUGCCGUCGUGGAGCAUGUCGAGUAUGAGGCCGACUCGUGGAUUACGGCUUCGCUGGUUACCCGGCAAAUCAACAUCCAAGCUCGAAGCCUUGCGGAAGCGUUCCGAAAUUUCCCGGCUGAUGACAUACAGUACUUGCAAAAGGCAAUCAGGUUCACGGCCAAAACAGUUAUUCUCAGCUCAAUCGGCGCGGAACGGCACAGAUUUAAGCAAUCUGAGAUCAAAGACGAAUUGAAAUUCAAGAAUAUAGGUGAUUUCGAUCUCACUGGAGAUGACAGGUCUUUUGAUGUCAUCAAAUUUGUGGUCGAAAAAGAGCAUAUUAGUUUCCACCACGCACUGCAUUACACUCUAUCUUGGCUUGUGGAAUGUGGCCGGUCCAUUCCCGCCUCGACUAUGAGGACACUAUUGAGCUUUACCACUCAAGAGCUUCGACCCAAAAACAAGCUAAUGGGUAGACUACAUAUGCCAAAGGACGACUACGGACCAGAGGAUUAUUUAAUGGCUGCAUUGGACUUCCCUCUUCGGGUUUGUGCUUGGCUGGCCCAGAUCAAGGCGAAUAUGUGGGUGCGGAAUGGUAUCAGUUUGCGGCAUCAAGCCAGCACUUACAGGGGUGUCAGUCAGCGAGAUGUUUCUCAUCAUCGCGAUAUAUUCCUUCUCCAAACUGCCCUGGUUAUUUGCAACCCGGAACGUGUUCUGGCAUCUGUGAUUGAUCGUUUUGGAAUGGGGGGUUGGGUCAAAGGACUUUUUGAGCUGAAGUCCGAGGCCCAGGAUGAUAAUCAGCACCUCGAUAUCGUUGAGGAUAUGCUGCAUCUGCUCAUUGUGCUUCUGAGUGAUCGUGUUACGCUCAGCGCGCCGGAAGACGAACCAAACUCGAGACUUCUCGCGAUGCGCCGCGACAUUACGCACGUACUGUGCUUCAAACCCCUCUCGUUCAAUGAAAUCUGCAAUAAACUUCCCGAGAAGUACCAAGAGGCGGAGGACUUUGCAGAUGUUUUGGAUGAAAUGGCCACAUUCAAGUCUCCGGAGGGGGUGUCUGACGUCGGAACAUUUGAACUGCGCUCCGAGUAUAUCGAAGACAUCGAUCCUUACAUUGCUCAUUACAACAAGAAUCAGCGGGAGGAAUCAGAGCUAAUAUACCGCAAAAAGGUAGCUAUCAAGACGGGCAAGACACCCGAAGAUAUUGUGUACGAGCCAAAGCCACGCCCUAUCCCAUCUGGACUCUUCAAGGACCUGGGCGCAUUCACAAGCACUGGAGUUUUCGCACAAAUUAUUUACUACUGCUUGCUAUACCCCCUCACCCAUGAGAAAUGGACGCCCACGAUUCCCUCUACGAGAUUGGAAACAUACCUACAAGUUGUUCUCCACCUAAUCCUGAUUGCAAUUCAUGAAGACAAAUCCAACGAGGAGAUGAGCGAGGCGCCCACACAAUCUUUUGUGCAGAUUGCUUUGACGCGCACUGCCCGCACUAACUUUCUGACAGAUGACCGCUCUCAGAGGACAAUCGUAGCACUCCUGAAUAUGCUUUCUGCCAGGGAAGAAUACAAAUCCGCUCACCCCAAGAUAUCUUUGGCUCUUAAACGCCUGAAGCAACGGCGCCCACAUGCUUUCGACGGGGCAUUAAUUAACAUGGGUCUGUCAAUCGACCGCGUCAAUACCGCUUCUCCUGCCACCAACUCAGUAGAAGAAGAGCGCGAGCGAAAGAAGAAGGCAGCCUUGAGCCGGCAGGCCCGAGUGAUGGCUCAGUUCCAACAACAACAGAAGAGUUUCAUGGAAAAUCAAGCAGACAUCGAUUGGGGAUCUGAUUUAGAAGACGAGGACGAUGAAGUUGAGCAAGCAGCAGAAGAAGACCGUACCCACAAAUGGAAGUAUCCUACUGGUACCUGCAUACUCUGCCAAGAAGACGCCGACGAAAGGCGCCUAUACGGUACCUUUGCGUUACUACAUGAGAGCAGAAUCCUUCGCCAGACAGACUUUCAGGACCCAGAUCUGGUCAGAGACGCUUCCCAAACGCCUUGUAAUCUCGAUCGCUCUGCGGAAGACAUUCGACCCUUUGGGAUUGCUCAUGAGAAUCGGAAAAUGGUAGAGAAGCUGAACACUAAGGGAGAGCCGUUUCUUGCCGAGAGACAGACGAUCGGACGAGGUUUCCCAUCCAGCCUAUGCUCUUCCGGAGCGGUUGCUAGCGGUUGUGGACAUAUGAUGCACUUCGAUUGCUUCGAACUUUACUAUGAAGCCACCAAACGACGCCAUACACACCAAAUUGCUCGUCACCAUCCCGAGGACAUUAAGCGUAACGAGUUCGUUUGCCCUCUUUGCAAAGCUCUCGGCAACGCUUUCCUUCCUAUUGUCUGGAAAGGGCUGGAGGAAUCCUAUCCCAGCUAUCUCCAGUCGCAAAUCAGUUUCCAAGGCUUUCUUGAUAAGCAUAUGGGAGCGGCUUAUUCAUUUGGGGAUAGCAAGGCCCGGGAAGCGAGUGAACAGACAACCCCUGAAAUUAUUACUCCAAGCUUGCCUGGCAGCUUGGUCGAGUCGAUGGUACGAUCCGGGCCGCUCUCUGAUGCAACGUGGGGAGGAGACUCAACGGAGGUCAGCACCCCAAGAGCCGAGACCCCUCAGAGUUCGACAUUCUCCGGAAAUGGCCAAGAAGCGAGCACGAGUACGUCAGCUUCUUCAUCCCGACAGCUCUUGUCUGCCUACCGACGACUACGUGACACUAUUCGAGACAAUGGGCUGCCGACUAGACAUCCUACCGAACCGAAUUCUGAAGGUUCAGAACAACUCUGCUUCAGUGAUGUCCUCGUUCAAGCCGUAGGGUUUUCUAUCUCAUCCACCGAGAUUCAGCAACGUGGUGUCGAGGCUCAGACUGGCAUGACGCUCUUGGAGAAGAUCCCAGAGCAAGUUUUAACACAUCUUCGGAUUCUGGCCGAGACGGCUUCUUCGUUUAUUUCUGUAGGAACUCAAAACUCACCACAUGAUAAGAUUGUGCAAGAGUUUUACAAAGACAGCGAGAGGCAGCACUGUCAAUUAUUCAUGUCCAGAUAUUUUGGCUUGCCCACGCCUCACGCUCGACGGCCCUUGGAUGUAUAUCCCCCUCUACUGAGCACUGAUUCUUUUCUCUUCCUGGUAGAGUGUUCAUACGGAUUUGCCCCUGCACAAGCUGCAGAGAUAUCUCAUGUGCUAAAGAUUUGCUACCUCGCCGAGAUUGUUAAAGUUGUUUUCCACAUGGGCCAGAAUAUUCCGUUCGAGAAAUGGGCGAGAACGCUUCAACACAACGGGUCUCAGGAUCCAGCUAUAAAAAACUUCGCCGAGUUCGCUCUCGAGAUUACAAAGGAGAGUAUCGAGAUUCAAGCUAUGGCGACAGUUACACCAUCAGGCGACGAAGCAAAUCUUGGUUUCGAUCAACGUGGCGUCGAUACUCUAGAGGGCUGGUAUACGCUUACCAAGAAAUACGCCUUGACAUUUUUGAGAAAGAGUCUUCUAUUUCUCAAUGUCAAAUAUGGCGUUGACUUCAACAACCGUGUAUCUCCUAACCCUGAGGCGGAUGAGCUCGAUCGCCUGACUGAGAUCUUGCGACUACCUUCUUUCGAUGAGAUGUGUGCUUCCUUUACAUCGAAUGCGUCCGCCUGCAAUUGGCCGGAUAGAACCAGGCCUCUUAUCGCUGGCUGGAUCAAGCACCAAGUUCUGUGGCCUCGUAGCAAUCCUGAGACGCCUAGAUCGGCCAUGGUUAGCCAUCCGGGCAUCUUUGAGUUGGUUGGACUACCCAAGGUUUACGACACAUUGAUCGAGGAGGCCACCAGGCGGAAGUGCCCAACAACGGGCAAGGACGUGACAGACCCUGUGAUUUGCUUGUUCUGUGGAGAUCUCUUCUGUAGCCAGGGGACUUGCUGCCAAAGACCAACGCCAGGAUCUGAGCGCGCGGAAAAUUCACGACUUGGCGGUGCGCAGCAGCACAUGCAAAAGUGCCAACGCAACAUCGGAGUGUUUCUUAAUGUUCGCAAAUGCUCUACCAUCUACCUCUUCAGAUUAUCGGGAUCAUUCACAGCAGCCCCUUACAUUGACAAAUAUGGCGAGACGGAUCCACAGCUCCGUCAUGGGCGACAGCUGUAUUUGAACCAGAAACGAUACGAUUCAAUGAUCCGUAGCACUGUGUUGAAUCACGGAGUGCCGAGUCUGAUCAGCAGGAAGCUGGAAGCGGAAAUUAACAAUGGUGGCUGGGAUACUCUUUGA